CGUCCAAAGAUUGGUCUUUUAAUACAUUCACGGCAUUAGGAAAAGGUUUUGGAGAACUACGGUCUGCUAAGAAUACGACCUUGGCAGACAUCAGCAGUCCAGAUUUAUUCAUGUGGUCUAGUACGCUUGAUCACACUCCAGUCCAGACGGUGGCAGUAAUGCACUCAACAUCUGGUUUGCACACUAAAGAACGAACAAAAACGGGGAAGAAGAAGAACUCGAUUGUAGUGGCUGCGGUUCCGUGAAAGGACGUCUUUGUUUCUCGAAGAGGAAUGGCUUCUCUUGAUGUUGGGUCGACAUACUCAAAUUAUACAGACUUUAAUAAUGCGGUUAUCGCAUUCGAAAAUGAGAAUUUUGUACAGUUUUACCGCCGUGACGCAAGAACAAUUGAAAAAGUCAAACGAUUAAAUCCAAGGCACCAUUACAAUCCUGAGUUGAAGUAUGUGAACAUACAUCUGACUUGUAUACACGGUGGCAGAAAUUUCUUAUCACAUUCUAAAGGAGUGCGUCCGAAAACGAGUACCUGCAGGGUUGGAUGCCCAGCGUUAAUCAAAGUCAAAACUACAGAGGAUGGAGAGAGAUUAGUUGUGAAGGAAAUGGUCAAAAUACACAACCAUGAAGUCAGUGAGGCUACAUUCAAGCACUACCCCAAGAGGAGACAACUAUGUCCGGCUGAACGUGCCAAGUGUUCAGAAUUGCUGGCAAAGUACGAUGGCAACAAAAGAUUGGUGAUAGAAGAGCUCACCAAAGUAACUGGAAAGGUCAUCCUACCGAAGGACAUUCACAACAUUGCAGCAACAUUGAACUGUCCUCCAAAAUGUGAGAGAAAGAAACACGAGGUGAUCAAAGGGAUUCGAAUGGUGAUGGACACUGAUACAAAGCUAAGAGAACAGGCAAGAAAAAGGCGGCCUGGAUCUGCUUUCAAGGAUCCAAGGAGGUCGGAGAAGAAGCUGGUGCUUGACGUGGACACGGGGCUGGAUGAUGCUCAGGCCAUCAUGAUGGCUCUCGCAGCCCCCAACGUGGAGGUCCUGGGGAUCACCUGCGUAAGCGGCAACACCUCCCUGGAAAACUCCUGCAGGAAUACACUGCGCGUUCUCAAGGUCUGCCAGCGACUUGAGAUCCCAGUGUUCGGUGGAGCUGCGGAGCCUCUGAUGGGCCACCUGCUGUCUUCAGGCACCUUCCAUGGGCAGGAUGGGCUGGGGGACGCCCCUGACCCAGACGCCCCGGGCUUGGAGCUGCUGCAGACAGAAGGAGCUGUGGAAGCCAUCAUCAGGCUGGUCAAUGAGAACCCUGGAGAGGUGUGCCUGGUAGCCACAGCCCCGUUGACCAACCUGGCCCUUGCAGUGAAGAUUGACCCCACCCUCCCUCAGAAACUCAAAGGCCUCUUCAUUAUGGGAGGCAACACUGACUCUAGGGGGAACACCACCGUGUGUGCAGAGUUCAACUUUGCUGCCGAUCCGGAGGCUGCUUACAUUGUCCUGAACCGCUUCUUCUGUCCAACCUACAUCGCUACCUGGGAGUUCUGCUGUGAGAACAAGCUACCAUGGUCGUUCUGUGACAAGUGGCUGGCCCAGGACACAGACAAGGCCCGCUUCAUGAAGAGCGUCUUCAAACACACCAUGGACACCGUGGCCUCCUGCGCUCGCUUCCAGAGGGAGAUGACGGCCGGACCGGGCUUUGUGUCGUGCGACUCGUACGCCAUGGCAGCGGCCAUCGAUGACGGUUUCGUGUGGGUGUCUGAGCCGGUGGCGGUUACCGUGGAGCUUCAGGGGACCUACACCCGGGGCAUGAUGGUCCUGGACAAGCUGGGAGUCCUGGAGAAGGAGCACCAGGUCGUCAUCAUGAGGACGGUGGACCUGGAGAGCUUCAAGGGGCUGUUGAUGGACUCCCUGAAGUAACAAGCACUGGGUUGGGAACCCCACCUAAGCCACUGUCCCAUAUUGCUUUCAAUUGUUUUUUUAUCAUUAUUGAUCAAAUGGAUAUGGAUAUGUCUCCAGUGUCUGUUUUGACUUGCCAUUAUGUUCUGAAUCACCAAUCAUUUUACUUUAACAGGAAAUAUAUAUUCUACAAUGUUUCUUUUCUGAUAUUGUCUUACUAUAUUACAUGAGGUCAGCAGCAAAUGUCCAUGAGUAAUGUUACCAGGCUAUCAGUUACUUUUUUUAGAUUGCAUUUCUUUCCUGUUAAUGACAAAGGGAUAAAGUAAAACUUAUUUAUUGAAAGUGCUCGGCAAUGUACACUCAGAGAAACGUCCCUUAGUCCAAUUGAAAUACAAAUUCACCACUUUCCA